UUAUUUCUGUGGUUAUUCGAAUUGUUUGAACACUGAGUUUUCAGGCUGGACUUUGAACAAAACUGUUAGAGCUAAAAUGGAGUCGAGUUCAAGCAGAAUGAGUCUCUUUCUCUUUAUCUCACAGUUGUGUAUUCACGCUUGCUUUGGAGCUCCAUCAGUGUUCCUAAAUAGGCCUGAAGCUAACCAGAUGCUUCUGUAUCGCUAUCCACGUGCUAACUCGUUCCUGGAGGAGAUGAAACUAGGAAAUCUGGAGAGGGAGUGUAUAGAGGAGAAAUGCUCGUAUGAAGAGGCCAAGGAGAUUUUUUCCGGGCCUGAUCAAUUGCGUGUGUUCUGGAAGGCGUACACAGAACUGGAUCAAUGCCAGUCUGACCCAUGUGCAAAUGGGGCCACUUGUGUCAGUCAGGACAACAAUUAUAUCUGUAUAUGUCCAACUAAAUUCCAGGGACGGAAUUGUGACAAAGAAACAGAUCCGCAGACUUAUUAUAACUGUCUCUAUAAGAACGGCGGAUGUGAGCACUUCUGUACAGAGGGUGCAGAUUUAGUCCCUCGCUGUCAAUGUGCUACUGGCUACAGCCUGGCGGCCAACAACAGAAGCUGUGUGUCACAAGUACCUUUUCCUUGUGGUAAACCGGUGGCGAUUCCUGUAGGUCCCAGGAUUGUUAAAGGACAAGUGUGUCCUAAAGGACAGUGUCCUUGGCAGGCAUUACUUAGGUUUGGGAGUGUGUAUAAAUGUGGAGGAGUUAUUCUAAACAGUGAGUGGAUUCUUACAGCAGCUCACUGUGUCUGGCAAACAAGCCCAUCCCAACUAGCAGUGACAGUAGGUGAACACAUCAUUUCUGUAAACGAGGGCACAGAGCAGACUAGAAGGGUGUCCAAAAUAAUAAUCCAUCCUCUGUACAACCACACAUCCAACGAUGCUGACAUUGCACUUUUACAUCUGCGCAGGAACAUAUCACUAGGCCCCUAUGUCAUGCCUGUAUGCCUUCCUUCAGCAGAACGCUCAUUUGCUCGUACGCUGGGGUCGGUGCGCAACUCCGUCGUGAGCGGAUGGGGCCGGCUUUCUCAGCAUGGUCACCUGUCCAACGUGCUCCAGCGGCUAGAAGUGCCCCGGGUGCCACUUGAGAAGUGCCGAGCCCACUCGGGUCUGAGCCUGACCGACAACAUGCUGUGUGCCGGCUUUAAGGAAGGAGGACGUGACGCCUGUCAAGGGGACAGCGGUGGGCCUCUGGUCACCAACUACAACAGCACAUGGUUUCUGAGCGGCAUAGUGAGCUGGGGAAAAGGCUGUGCCCGCUCAGACGUGUACGGGAUCUACACCCGUGUAGCAGUUUUUGUAGAGUGGAUCAUGAACACAGUGGCUACAGAAUAAACUAUGGAUGUUUAAAUUAAAACUAUUACAAUACAAUCUUAAUUUUUUUUUUAAUACAAUCUUAUUGCAACUUAAUAACAGAUUACUUGGUGUUUGGUUGCAUGUGCUGGUACUUAGCUUAACUAUACAAAAUCACAUAUGUAUUUCUACAUAUAUUGUUAACCAUUGAGUUUACUGUA